UGGUGGCCCUUUCUAGUUAACCAGGUCGACCCCAUUUAAGCCUCAGUCUAGGUUAGCUUCACUUCAGCGGGAACCUACUCGCAGAGGAGGCCGGUUCUUUCCGGCUCGAGCAGGUCCGGACCCGCCCCUCUGGCGGCUACGCAGUCUCGAAGGCCCGCCCGCUUAGUUCAGGGCCAGACAGCGAGCGGCGGCGGGUACCACUAAGGUUUGGCUCCAGCAGCUACUGUUGGUACCACCACUAGUUCAAGUACCAUGCAGUUUACCUCAUUAUCAAAUGUUUUCACCUCCAUUGCUGGUGUUGGGCUCUCAUUUACAACUUCAACGACUGCCACCACCACAGUCACCACCACCACUGCUACCACAGUCACCAGUGGCUUUACUAUGAACCAACAACUGUCAUCAGGAGGGUUUGAAAACCUUAUACCUUAUACUUCAACUGUUAGUGUAGUACCAACUCCUGUGAUGACAUAUGGUCAACUGGAGGGUCUUGUAAAUGAGUGGAACCUUGAGCUGGAAGAUCAAGAGAAGUGCUUUCUUCUCCAGGCCACUCAGGUCAAUGCUUGGGACCGUACAUUGAUUGAAAAUGGUGAGAUGGUAAGUAUUUUACAUGGAGAAGUGAACAAAGUGAAACUGGAUCAGAAAAGGUUGGAACAAGAAUUGGAUUUUAUCCUGUCACAGCAGCAGGAACUAGAAUUUCUGUUGACUUAUUUAGAGGAGUCUAUGAGUGACCAGAGUGGACUUCAUUAUCUGCAGCAUGCAGAUGAGGAGCGUGUGGAGACUUACAGAUUAGCCGAAAGUAUAGAUGCUCAGCUGAAACAAAUGUCCCAAGAUCUGAAGGACGUUGUUAAUCACCUGAAUACAUUUGGAAUUUCUGCUGACACUACUGAUCCGCUCCAGCAGAUCUGCAGAAUUCUGAAUGCCCAUAUGGACUCUCUGCAGUGGAUUGAUCGGAAUUCAGGCAUCCUGCGAAGGAAGGUAGAAGAGGUAACACGGGUUUUUGAGGAUUAUCGUCAUAAGGCCCAUGCGUACAAUGUCAACACUGCUUUUUAUUGAAUGACCAUAUCUUCAGCAUGUCUUUUUAAUAUUUCAUCUUGAUCAUAAUGAAUUGUACAUGCUUUUUUCAUUUAAAUAUUAUACUGUUGAUUAUUAUACCUUAGUUUUGUUUUUAGUGUUAGAAAAUGAAAAUUAUACUAGUGUCUGUCCAGACAGCAACCUAUUAGAUGUUGACCCUGUAUGUGUAAUUUAUGUCUUACUCUCCUAGGUUCUACAUUCUGGCAUCAGCACAAAUCAUCCUUCUCACUCCAAUUGAAUCAUAGGGUGAUGUUUGCCAAAAGUACAUGCCAACCUGUAUAGUGCUAGAUACUGUAAAGUCUCUUCUCCUCAAAGGAACCUACUGUCUAGUUUGAGAUAUAAUUAAUGCUUGUCUGUAUAGAAACAAUGUAGAUAAUAUAAAGAAGUACAGUAUGAAUUAAAGAGAGUAUGUUAUAGAGAUUCAGAGCAGGGAGGAAAAGUUAAGAGUAGGUUAUUGUUAAAAGGUUAAGGAAAGGUCAGUUUUAGGGAAUUCAGUUAUUUUUAAUGUAUGGAUAUACUGAUAUUUUAUUUGGUUUUAGCAUAUGAUUUAUAGUUGUUGAUUUCUGUGUAUUUGUUUCCUUUUGUUUUUCUUUUUUUAAGACUAAGGCUCAUUAUUAGGUUUGAAACAGUCUGGUCUCCUGUAUUUCAUGUUUCACCUAAGUCAUAAAUAAAGGUAAUGUUCUAAAAUAGUAAACAUGUAAUACUGAAAUUAAUUAUUAAAAGUUUUUAAGUGAAUAGA